CGUGAUUUCCAGAACUGGCAAUGCCGUUCUACACCUCAUGAUAUGUCAACAUGUCUAGAAAUUGAAGGCAAAAAUAAAAUGUUUGUCUGAUGGAUAUUAAAACUAGCAAGUGUACUUAAGAAACUAUUACUCUAAUUUUACAUAAUAUUAGGACAUGACGGAAAAUGUUAUUCAGAAAUCGGCAGAUCAAAUUCUUGAAGAAAUCUUUUCUACUUUGGUGAGUGAACCAAUCACCACAGUUUCAACUGCAAGUGAUUCCUCUAGUUUUCCAAGUAAUGAACCCACUACACCAAAAACAGAUACCACAAUUGUGACUGAGUUGAAGCCAGAAGUCAAAGAAAAUUCAGUUAUCCCUGAUAAAAAGAAGAAGAAAAAGGAUAAGAAAAAGUCGAAAAAGAAGAAACGAAAAAAGGAUGACGGAAGUGACAGCGAAAGCAGAAGACGCAACAAAGAAAAGAAAAAGAAAAAAGACGUUAGCCCUUCCGCUAAAGAAACACGUAAAGAACCCAAAAAGAAACAGAAUCCAGAAGUCAAAAGUAGUGGUCCAACAACCGACAGGAAGGAAGCCAAGAAAAAUGCCACCACCAAGGCUGAAGAGUUGCCUAAAACGAAGGAAGAAACCAGGAUACGGGAAAAAACUGAUUCUAAACCACAUGCCAAAGAAGGGUCAAAGAAAGUCGACAAAUCAGAAUCGAAAUCCCAUUCCAAAGAUGAUGGGGUCAAGAAAGUUGAUAAAACGGAAUCCAAACCCGAUGUCAAAGUCAAGACAGACGACAAAUUAGAAUCAAAAUCCUGUGCUAAAGAUGGGGCCAAGAAAACUGACAAAACAGAAUCGAAACCUCGUGCCAAAGAGGAGCCUAAAAAACCAACUAAAACGGAGAGUAAAGCGGAUAAUGUGAGUGCUAAGUCGCAUUUAGGUGCCAGGCCGCAUGCAGAUGAUCGGCGAACGAGGAAGACUGAAACGAACGAGUCGAGAAGAAGUCACCCGUCACCCAAGAGACGGAAAAGUAGAAGCCGAUCUCCCAUUGGCCGGCGACCUUUAUCACGCCGCUCACGAUCUAGGUCUCCUCCACGCCGAGCGCGCAUUCGACCGCGAUCUCGAUCUCCUGCCAGAUCUCCUCCCUAUCAUCGUAAACGUUCCAGAUCACCCGCAAUUCAAAAGCGUCCCGCAACUCCACCCAAGUCGCCACGGAUCGACAAAGCCCAACUUUUAGAGUUCGCCCGGCAGAACUUGAAACGGAUGCAGGAAACUGGAUCCCUGCCAGCUGGCGUGACUGUACCCAAUCCCCCAGCGGAAGUGACCCCGACCACCACCCAAUUCACGGGCAAAACGGUAGCGGAAUUGACUGACUAUUGCAAACAUCUGAUGGCCGAUCGAUCGGGUGACGAAGAUGAGAAAUCCGGGACAAAAGAAUCGGAAACGACGUUCACCCGUCACCCUUUCCAGAUCAAACCUCGUUCAGAUACCAUCGUCAUGAACAUCCGCAAUGCUGUAGCUCUGCCCGUCCGCAAGCCGGAGGAGCGUGUCGUCGCGCAGGCCCAACUCAAGCAGCAGUUUCCCGUUUCCAGUGGUCAGCAGCACUUGGACCUGGAAUGGAUUCCAGUCACGCCUUCGCCAGUUGUAAAGGAAACAAAUGGCACCACCAAAGUCCCCAAAGCCGUCACGGCCUCGGUGGCGCCUACUCCUCGGGUCUCGCUCCCAAUAGUUGAACCACCCGCAGCCGACAUCGGCUCAAUUGUUGCUAAACGGAUUUCAUCCAUACGUAAAUUGCAAGAAAAUCAAUUCGAUGUACAAGCUCGUCUGGAACUCGAGGAAGCGGAAUCGAUGUCGCAAAAUUGGGCCACCUUUCACCACACGAAUCCCAUGACUGGGGAGCCCAUACCGGAGUUGAUCAACUGGUCGGGAGCACCACAGGCUUGGGUCAGGAAAGACUUGUUCACCAGUGCUGCGCCUGUGGCUGGCGGAGUUGGCAUGAAGUUGCUGCAGAAGAUGGGCUGGCAGCCGGGCGAAGGCCUGGGCCGGCACGGCGAAGGUACCUUGGAACCGCUGUCGCUUGACAUCAAAAUGGACAAGAAGGGGCUCUUGUCCAAAGAAGAAAUGAUGGCCCCCGCUAGAGCCACGCCCGCCGUCAAGCUCAUUCAAGACUUUCAAGGCAAACAUCCCGUCUCGAUUCUGCACGAACUUUGCACGAAGCACCACUGGGAGCCGCCAGUCUUUGAGCAAGUCCUCGACAUUGGGCCCGACCAUCUCAAACAUUUUCUCUUCAAAGUCGCUGUCGGCGGAGUCGAAUAUCAGGCCUGCUUGGCCAGCACCACGAAAAAGGAAGCCAAAGCCCAAGCAGCCGCAGCUUGCCUUCAGGCGCUCGGCAUCUUCUUCGCACCAGCUGGGCCUUAAUGGUUUUUAUCGUAACUUUUCAGCCCAUUAUAUUAUAUAGAGUCAUUCCCCCAUUAACUCCGACACGCCACGGUGCACACUUAAUCACCUCUCCAUCGCCCUGGUGAUCGAAUACAAAUGGGUUUGUUGGAUCAA